AUGGCAGCAACCCGCCUCCGCAAAACCUUCCACUACCCGGACUCCUCAGACGACGAAGACACCGUAGAAGCCGGCAUGGACGCACAAGACCAAGCGCACCUCCUCAGCUCACUGCGAUCCCACGACACGACCUCGACGCGCAUGUACACGCUCCUGCUGCUCGCGUUCCCCGCCACCAUUGCGCUAUUCACGCUGCCCGGACUCCUCGGCGCAUCGACCUUGAUACCCAGUUUCCUCGCGCUUGCGAGCCUGGCUGCGAGCGCGUAUACGCUGUACGUCCUGCCCCUUGCGCCGACGAGCCCGGUGAUCAUCGUUGACGGGCGGGAGGUGGCAAGCGGGAGGGGGAAAGCGGGGGUGGAGAGGAAGCAGGUGCCCUGGUUAUCCGAUGAGGCUCAGGAGGUGUUGGCGCAGUACAUUGUGCCUGCCAACGGGGCGGUGUGUGGGCUGUUGGCUGUUGCCGAGGUGGUGCAGGGGCGGGCGUGGAGCGAAGGCAUGAUGGUUGGGGGAGGAUAUCUGCCGGGCCUGGUGCUGACGGUUGUGCUGUGGGCGAGGAGGGAGCUUAGGGUUGUAGAUAUGAGCGCGCUGCAACAGCUGGCUAGUAGGUCAUGA